GUAAGAAAAUUAGUCCUUUCUUGGACGAGCUCUCGGAGAACAAUCAUACAUCAGUUCAACUACAAAAUUCAAUUUAAUGGUCAUAUACUACUGGGACAUUAAUAAAAUAAACGUGUUAUACAUUAAUGGCUUUUCAAAUUUGUUAAAAUUUGUAAACUCAUAGCAUUACGCUAUAAAUAAUUGUUUUACUACGUAUUAGCACACUCACAAAAAUGUUAAAUAAAAUUGGAUCUCAUUACGAACGCCAAGAAAUGGUUUGGGGCGGCGUGGCUGAAGGAGGUUUUGGAAAUGAAACAGUAGUUGACAGAGUUACACCAGACAUGUUUCAUCUGAUCGAUCCUACUUGGUAUCAAUUCCCUCCAAUGGAUUCAAUGUGGUACAAAUGGUUAGGCGUUACUGUUUUCUUCUUGGGCGUUAUAGCGAGUGUAGGAAAUGGAAUGGUUAUUUACAUAUUUACAUGUACAAAAAGUCUUAGAACGCCUUCCAACUUGCUGGUAGUAAACUUGGCAUUUUCUGAUUUCUGUUUGAUGUUCUCCAUGUGUCCGGCAAUGGUUUGGAAUUGUAUAUACGAAACAUGGAUGUUCGGGCCUUUUGCUUGUGAGCUAUAUGCUAUGUUUGGAUCACUAUUUGGAGUCACAUCAAUAUGGACAAUGGUUUUCAUAGCUUUAGACCGUUAUAAUGUAAUAGUCAAGGGGUUAUCUGCAAAACCAAUGACAACCAAAUUAGCUUUAUUAAAAAUAUUUUGUAUAUAUAUGCAUGGACUGUUCUGGACUUUGACACCUUUCUUCGGAUGGAGCCGAUAUGUACCAGAAGCAAAUAUGACAGCAUGUGGAACUGAUUACUUAACUAUGACGUGGCACAGUCGUAGUUAUGUUUUUAUAUACGCAUGUUUUGCAUACUUCUUGCCGUUGUUGAUUAUCAUUUACGCAUAUUAUUUCAUUGUGAAGGCAGUAGCUACACAUGAAAAAUCAAUGAGAGAACAAGCAAAAAAAAUGAAUGUAACUUCUUUGAGAUCUGGAGAUCAAAGCAAUACUAGUGCAGAAUUUAAGUUGGCUAAAGUAGCUUUAAUGACAAUUUCCCUAUGGUUCUUAGCUUGGACUCCAUAUUUAGUAAUUAACUUUGCUGGAAUAUUUCAAUUAAUGACAAUUGAUCCAUUAUUUUCAAUCUGGGGAUCGGUUUUCGCCAAAGCAAAUGCUGUGUAUAAUCCAAUAGUAUAUGCAAUAAGCCACCCGAAAUAUAGAUUAGCAUUGGACAAGAAGUUCCCAUGUCUUGUGUGUGGAAAAUUGGACGAUGAUAAGAGUGAUACAAAAUCAGUUGCAUCUGCCCAAACAACUGUAUCUGAAGACAAGGUCUAAGGAAUCUAUUCAAAUUAAUCCUAUUGAAUAUGUUUUAUCGAGGUUUAUUUAUAUUAUUUUUAAUAAUUAUACCUUCAUUUCAAU